AUGAUUUUAAAGUAUAUUAAGGACAUAAUUUUCCUCCUUAUAACUCUGCUUGGCAUUCUGGGGAACAUGUCUGUUUCUAUGAAUCAUGUGUUCAGUUGGUGGGGAGGACCUGAGAAGAAACCCAUACACCUUAUUCUCAUCCACUUGGCUUUUACAAACAUCCUCAUCCUUCUUGCAAAAGGAUUGCCAAAGACAGUAGCAGCUUUUGGUUUGAGAAACUUCCUAGAUGACAUAGGCUGUAAGAUCAUUGUUUACCUGGAGAGGGUGGCCAGGGGCCUCUCCAUCUGCACCAGCAGUCUCCUCACUGUGGUCCAGGCCAUCAUCAUCAGUCCCAGAGAAUCUGGGUGGAAUAGGUUCAGGCCAAAGUCUGCAAGGCACAUCCUUCCAUUUUUCUCAUUCUUUUGGAUAAUCAAUGCUUUGAUAAGUACAGACCUAAUCCAUUCCAUUAGAAGUACAAGUCUGAAUAUAUCACAGUAUAUAAAUGAUGAGCGUUAUUGCUAUUUUAUACUAGAAAAUCAGAAAAUAAAAUGGAUUGUUCUCCCUCUUAUGGUCCUGAGAGAUGCAGUGUUUCAGGGUGCCAUGGGAGGGGCCAGUGGCUACAUGGUAUUUCUUCUCCACAAGCACCACCAGCAUGUCCUCUACCUUCAGAGCUCCAAGCUUCUCUACAGAACUCCCCCUGAGCUGAGAGCUGCCCAGAGUGUCCUCCUUCUGAUGAUGUGUUUUGUUUUCUUCUACUGCACAGAUUGUGCCUUUUCUCUAAUUAUAAGCAUUUAUUCAAGCAAAAAUACCCUGAUGGUAAAUAUUCGAAAUUUUUUAACCCUUGGUUAUGCAACUUUUAGCCCCUUUGUGCUGAUUCACAGGGAUGGGCUUUUGGUUAAAUUUUGGCAUGCUUAG